AUGGAUAUUGAAAAGUUCCUUGAGGCAAUGAAGCGCAAAGUCAACGUCGACAUGGACGACCAGGCAUGUGCUGAGGCCAUGGCAGGGUUGGAAGCUUACUACAAGGUAGCCAUGAAGACUUUCGUGGACAAUGUCUGUCGGCAGGUCGUCGAGCGUCACAUUAUUGCGCCCCUCCCCGAGAUUUUCAGUCCAGUGACUGUUUCCCGAUUCACGGACGACGAGCUUCUUCAAAUCGGAUCCGAGUCGGAAAAACAAAAUCGCAAGCGGGAAGAGCUUAGGGCCAGGGCAAAGAAACUGAGGAGCAGCCUUGAAAAUCUCCAGCGACGCUGA